AUGGCUAAAUUAGUCGAUAUAUACAAUUGUGAGAAAGAACCAGUAAUUAAGAGGCGACAAUUGCCACUAACUAUAUAUGAAAACUUAACUAUGAUUAUGGAUCUAAAUACUAUGGGCCUUAUUUGUGACAGUCCACAAGUUAAAGGUCGCGAGUAUGAAGAAUUUAUGCGCAAAUACAGAAUCCUUACGACAGAUGAAUUAAAAUCGGCACUGAGGGUCGACGCUUCAGAUAUAUUUAACGUAUUAAAUCAAAGCAUUCCUUGUGUUGGCUGUCGAAGAAGUGUUGAACGACUUUUUUAUCAAUUAUGUAAAUCAGGACAUCCAACUUUAGAUCCUUUAAUUUUGACACCAGAUGAAAUUAUGACAAUAAAAGAAGAAAAAAUAACAAAUCCACAGGCACUUGCUACAUUAUUAAAUGGUCACAGUACUGGUAUAGAAUGUCUACUCCUAAGUCAACCGAGAUGGAAGAAGUCCCAGCGGUGUACACUCCAUUCCCUAGAAGCUGGUACAGCAAGAGGUUGGGGCGCCACCAGCUGCGGGUGGGGGUGGGGCGCGUGGGGCUGGGGCGGCCGCACGGCGUGGUGCGCCGCAUGGGACGCGAUGCGCACCUCUGCUAGAGAACAUGUCACACUAGUUCACUUCAACACACUACAUGAUACCCUACAUAAUUAUCUAAGGAAACACAGAUUUUGUGCAGAUUGUAAGACAAAGGUAUUAAGAGCUUAUCAAUUAUUAGUCGAAGAAAAGGAACCACAGAAGGAAAAAGGUUAUGUUGCUGCCUUAUAUGGAGGUAUCAAGAGAUGUUUGUUAGAUAAACAUUUACACUUGCAAGCAAAAACCGAUUACAUAGCACACCUCAUAGCUCGAGCCGAACCAGAAUUAUUUGGAAAUCAUAGAGAAAGGCAUGCCAAAACAUUAGAAAUUGCACAGGAAGAGGUAUUAAUAUGCCUUGGUAUAUGCAUAUACGAGCGGCUACAGCGUAUAUCGUUGAGACUCCGGGAGGAAGAAGGCACGUGUCAGGCUCUAGCCGCCAUCGGCGUAGAGGCUUUGUACAGGAAAUUUGAAACGGCAGUAGAAAUGAAAAGUGGUGUGUCCAAACUACAAAUGUUAUACGAUGAAAUAACGCAAGAGGAAACGACGAGACAGCAAAGAAAAGAACAGAAAAAAUUGAAAAAACGUAAGAAGAAGGAGCGUCAGGCCGUCGAAAGUAAAUGCAAGGAAGCUGACUCUGAAGAACCUGAAGAAAAGUGCCAAUGUGAAGAAUGCUUGCUAGAGGACCAAGACACGCCUACAAGUUUACUGUCCUCGCGGGAAUACAACCAAUGUUAUGAUACAAUUCAAUCCAAUGUUGUCAGCUGUCAAUCGUGCCAAGAAGAUUAUACAAGUUCUCCAAAGAAUGGCAAAAAAAGGGGUAAAAAUGGCAAAUUUUCACCAAACGAACACUCUCAAGACUGUGGUUAUUCUUCCGGUAAUAAUGUAUGCUGUGAAAUAAUGUCUGGGUCAUCUUCCCUUAUGAGCUCCCCAGAGGGUUCGGAAGUGGCCUGCUCUGAAGGAUUCUGCAACCACGAGAGAGGUGACUGUAUGGAAACAAAAAUUGAUAAAAUCUCUUGCACUGGUUUCACACUUUCUCUCCAAGAAAUGCUGGAUACAUGUUCAUCAGAUGAAGAGCAAGACACCAGUUAUAUACCUAUUGAAGAUGUUCUGGAAUUUAAAUCACGAAGAAAUAUUACUGAGAAGAGGCAAGAGCUAAGACAGAACUUAAGACAGAAAUUCGCUCAGUUAUGUGUUAACACACUGCAGCCAGUAAUGUUGAAACAAGACAAACAUCCCGCC